GUCCGCCAUGUUCAUGACGUCACUGCUUGUCUGGCCGAGUGCUGGAGGCCUUUGUUGGAAUGUGGCGGAGCUGAACAUUGAUUCUGACAAAUUGCGUCCCUUUCCUGAGUCAAUUUCGCCGAGAAAUCCUCAUAUUUCCUGAUCACUCGAGUUCUAGAUUGGUCCAAGGAUUCCCCGUGAUGAUCCUGAGGUGAGGAAGGCGCGUAGAAAGGAUGAAGAUGAGGGUUUUGGUCGGCUUUGGGUGGGUCGGAUUGCUGGUGUUGUGCUGUGUGCUCCAGGGUGGAACGCUAGUCGUCCGGGCACAGCAGUUCUCUUCUAGUUCGAGUCUUGGCCACCACGGCCGCUGCGAAGCCAUCACCAUUCCCCUCUGCACGGACAUACAGUACAACGAAACCAUCAUGCCAAACCUACUCAACCACCAGAAGCAGGAAGACGCCGGCUUGGAGGUACACCAGUUCUUCCCGCUAGUCAAGGUACAGUGCUCGCCCGAUCUCAAGUUCUUCCUAUGCGCCAUGUAUGCGCCUGUGUGUACCGUACUAGAGGAAGCUAUCCCUCCCUGCCGAUCUCUUUGCAACAGCGCUCGGACUGGCUGCGAAGCCCUCAUGAACAAGUUCGGCUUCCAGUGGCCUGAAAGCUUAGAGUGUAGCAAGUUCCCUGUACAGGGCACGCCUGGAAAAAUAUGCGUCGGGGAGAACCGGACUGAGCAAAUCCCCACGGCCGUUCCUACAGCUAACAACGGUAACAGCUCCGCUGUAACAGAGAACCCGAUCCGUAAGGACUAUGGUUUCUACUGCCCAAGGGAGCUCAAAGUCUCGCCGGCUCUAGGCUACUCCUUCCUCGGAGCUAAAGACUGCGGAGCCCCGUGCGAUUCCAUGUACUUCCGCGACGAUGAGGUCGAGUUUGCCCAGGUUUGGAUCGGCAUAUGGUCGGUACUCUGCGCCUGUAGUUGCCUCUUCACCGUCCUUACCUACCUGAUCGACCCGGGAAGAUUCAGAUACCCGGAAAGACCGAUAAUCUUCCUCUCUGCCUGCUAUCUCAUGGUCUCCGUCGCCUACAUCGUCGGCUAUGCCCUGAAAGAAAAGGUUUCUUGCAUGGAAGGUGUCUGGAUGCAAGACGGCAGCCAGAGAUAUCUUACGCAACCAACUGUCACACAGGGCACAAAGAAAGAAGGAUGUACGAUCCUGUUCAUGAUGCUGUACUUCUUCAGCAUGGCGUCAUCUCUGUGGUGGGUCAUCCUCACGCUCACCUGGUUCCUAGCUGCAGGCAUGAAGUGGGGACAUGAGGCUAUUGAGGCCAACUCCCAGUAUUUCCACCUAGCGGCUUGGGCGGUCCCUGCAGUCAAAACCAUCGCCAUCCUCGCCAUGGGGAAGGUAGACGGAGACGUCCUGAGCGGGGUUUGCUUCGUCGGCAUUUCCGACAUCGACGCCCUUCGCGGAUUCGUGCUGGCGCCUCUCUUCCUCUACCUGGUCAUCGGGACCCUGUUCCUAUUGGCCGGUUUUGUCUCGCUGUUCCGCAUCCGCACGAUUAUCAAGCAGGACGGGACGAAAACCGACAAGCUGGAAAAACUCAUGAUCCGCAUCGGGGUGUUCAGCGUGCUGUACACCGUUCCCGCCACCAUCGUCAUCGCGUGCUACUUCUACGAGCAGGCCUUCCGGCGGGAGUGGGAGCGGUCCUGGGAGAUCGACAACUGCAAGGAUUACUUCAUCCCGUGCCCGCCGGGGCCGCACGCGCGCCCGAGCGCCAACCCUGACUUUACCGUUUUCAUGAUCAAGUACCUCAUGGCUCUCAUCGUAGGAAUCACGUCAGGCAUCUGGAUCUGGACGGGAAAGACUGUUCAGGCGUGGAAAAGGUUCUACGGACAGAUAUGUUUUAGAAAACAGGACGAAACCGUCGUCUGAGCGGACAUUUUGUCGUAGCGGCGUAGGAAGAAAGCUCCGUAGCUUUUUCACAACCCGAGGUGUCCCUUCUCUCUCCCCCCGACAAUUUUUUAAAAGAAAUUGUACAGUUUUGUGACUGACCAAAGAGAAUAGUUUUGUACAUAAGUUUUAACGCUCGGUUGGUGGAUUUGGUAGUGAGUGUGAAGUGUAGGUUAAUUUAGUAAAAUUGGACCAUGGAUAGACAAUAUAUUAUGAAUUGCUUCUUAAAAAUGUUGAAUUCUUCUAAAAUGUGCUGGUGUAUUUGUCGUCAAGUGUAAAAAAAGACAAGUAAAACCCAGUAAAAAAGAUAAUUUGUUUUGACUGUAUAGGAAUAAGAGAGUGUGCAGAGACUAUAGGAAGCCUCUGAUUUUGUACAUUUGCAUUCAUUGCAGUUGUUUCUUGGAAAUGGUGUCUUCUUCAGGGAGCAAGGCCUGUUUAAAUUGUGAAAUGGCCGACUUGAUGUCUUGGGAAUACGUACAUGUAAAGUGUCUGAAUUUUAAUAAUUGAAGGUCAUAAAGUAUACGUCUUCGAGUUAUUGUUAUGGUCAACGAAGAAAUUGUGAUGUUGAUCGGCCUAUAUAGUGUCUGCCUGUACUUAGCACACAGAAGCUCUGAAGUUGAAAUUUAGAACAAACACGGUUGUUAGGGUAAAGUCAGUGCUGCUGUGUCGCGAAAACAAAGUGCCAUUCUCGAUUUCUACGUCCUAGUCCGUAGGGUACAUAGCGUAACAGUCACAGUGCCUUACUUAAACAGUGGACCAGGUAAAAGCAAAACGCACACGCUGACAACUUACUGACACAUCCACCCUACAGCCCUUUUCUGUACCAGCUCAAAUUCAGGACUCCAAGACUUCAAAACCAGAGGAAAGACAGACACAAACAAACAGAGUUGUUAAGGUAGUCCAUAUGGCCAAGAAGUGGACUUAACGCAGAGCAGGGCUUGACAAGUAAUGUCCGGAGCACUUAGAAUAGGCUGAAGAAUUACAGCCAAAAGCCGUGAUGCCUUUAAACCUUUCCAUCGGUGCGCUGUAUGUCAUGGUCACUGUCAGCACUUUUGUACAAACAUCAUUGUCAAGAAAGGAAAAUGGCUUGUCACUUACAUAGCUCACUGGCAUCUUCACAGCGUAUUGUCAAGUUUUUCAUGAAAAAGAUGGAUUGUAAAGUCAUUGUCUGCACUCAAGAGCUACAGCAAAACUGCAAAAAGCCUGCAUUUGGUAACAACAUUUGUAAGACUAUUAAGAAGACUGGAGAAUAUUUUGUAUUUGCUACGAAGAUUGUAUAUCUUUUUGGCAACGUCGCCUUUUGGAUGUUAAUCGUUAAAAGAAAUUAUGUGUUGAUGAAGUAUAGAAGAGCUCAUGGGUUGACUUCAAAGGACUUUGUCAAAUUGUUGCUCGUAAUGUAUGUAAAAAUGUACAAGUUGCAUAAUAAGCUAUUUUCUAUGUCAGUAACAACAGUAUAUUUUGUACAUUUGAACAGAUGCAUUUUGCACACCGUAACAACCCAUCCCUUCCCCAUAAUAGAAUGGUCCAAAGUUCAGUCUUUCUGUACACGAAGUGGACUGUCUUAUCAUAGUUUUAGGGGAGGAAAAAAGGUUAAUGUUUGUCUUCUCUGUGUUAUUUCUGUGGUGGUGUAGUUUUGCUCCGAACUUCUCAGUUUUGUCAAGUUAGUAAAACUCAGUUCAGUACAAAAUCCAUGGCACAUUACAUGCAUUCAUUUUAUUGUUAUUAAAAACCAUGGGACAUAUUUGUACAGAUUAUAUUCUGAGUGGAUAUAGAGCAUCAUUGACACAGUAUGAUAUAAGUUUGCGAUUUUUCACAAAUGCGAACAGAACCUGUACCUGCUUCUACAUGUAAUGUGCCAUUGGUAACAAUUCCUUCCAUAGUGUACGAUCUUUCACCCCCACUGUCAAAUGUUGUAGUCCUGAAUUCUGUGCAUUGUCGUCUUCCACAGACUAUACCAUUUCUGAGAUAGGGGUGUAUACUGUUUUUUUCUGCUUCCUCACACUUGGGU